AUGAGUCAGGAUAUCGCUAUGGUGUGUCCUAAAUCUUCCGAUGAUUCCAACCAAUCAAGAUCGAGUGCUGGCGACACGAGCUGCUCUCGCAGGUCAGCAUCACGACGUUGGAAUGCGAACUAA